AUGGCCUCCCCGCCGACCACCGUCGCCCUACGCUCCCCCUCCAAAUACGCACCCGCCCCGCCGCCGACCUUCUCCGCCCCGCCCCUCGACUGGCUCCUCCGCACCUGGUCCGUCACCCACUCCACGCUCUCCAUGUGGCGCGACGCCCGCAACGUGCGCAUAUCCUACGCCCCCCUGGACCCCAAGCCCGACGGCGCCGCCCGCGUCGACGACCUCGUCGAGUACGAGUCUAACAAGAACCCCCCGGGCACCGGCGGCGUCAAGUCCGUUCGCGGCGUCGACACCGCCUCGAGCCCCGCCGACACCACCGCCUGGGACUGGCGCGGCAAGGGCUGGCUGUUCUUCGUCAGCAGCCACUGGGAGGUCCUCGGCUGGGGCGAGCGCGAGAUCCCCGGCGGCGAGAGGGAGAGGUGGGUCGUCACCUGGUUCGCGCCCACCGUCUUCACCAAGGAGGGCGUCGACGUCUACUGCGACCGCAGGGAGGGGCUGAGCGAGGAGGGGUAUCGCGAGGUGCUGCAGGCGCUGAAGGGGCUGGACGCCGAGGCCGUCGUCCAGAUGGUGGAGAAGGAUAUGUUGCCGGUGGAGAUAUCUCUGCCAUGGAAGGAGACUUGA